AUGGCGGACGAGAAGUUCAACGCCGAAGCGCUGGCGAAGCCGACCAGCGACGACGGCAGCGAAUUACCACCGCCUCCCUCCAAUUAUGUUUACAAGCUCGACUUGCGCUUGAUCCCCUUGUUGGGUUGCACGUAUACUCUUUUGUUCCUGGAUCGUACCAACAUCGCAAAUGCCAGGAUCGAGGGCCUGGAGAAAGGCCUCAACAUGCCUAGCAAUGGCUAUAAUACCUGUCUCUGGAUCUUCUUCAUCCCGUUCGUGCUUGUCGAAAUCCCGACCAACAUGAUCAUGGGCCUGCCGCGUGUCAAACCCAACCUGUUUCUAGGAGGGAGUAUGCUCGUUCUCGGGGUAAUAUCUAUGUGUCAAGGCCUUACGCACACGUACGGCGGACUGCUUGCUUGUCGCUUCUUGAUGGGCAUCCUCGAGGCCACCCUUCCGGCAGGUGCGGCCCUCCUUCUCAGUGAAUACUACACGCGCAAGGAGCAACCCCUUCGAUUCGCCAUGUUCUUCACCUUUGGCGUGCUUGGUCCAUUGGUCAGCGGUUUGCUAGCCUACGGCAUCCGACGCAUGAACGGCGUCCAGGGCAAAGAGGGCUGGCGGUGGAUCUUCAUAAUCGAGGGCCUAGCGACGAUAGCCAUUUCGUUUCUAGUGUUUCUUUACGUACCCAACUUCCCGGAGAAGACCAACAUCCUCUCCGGUGCCGACAAGGAACACCUGCUUGAGAAGUUGAGGCGCGACAAAGGUGACCAGAAACUUUCGAUGAAGUCUGUCAACUGGCUUGCUGUACUUAGCGACUGGAAGAUUUGGCUACCAACCAUGAUGUUCUUCUGCUGCGACAUGACAGCCGCUUCGAUCGUUUCGUUCACACCCACGAUUCUGACUGAACUCGGUUGGAAGGCCGAGCGUGCUCAGGUUAUGUCUAUCCCCAUCUGGGUCACCGGUUUCGUCUUUGAAUUGGGUGCGGGUUACCUCUCCAGUCGAACCGGCUGGCGGUUCCCUUUCAUACUCUUCGGCAUCACCCUCGCAACGAUCGGAUGGAUCAUCCAGAUCGUCUAUUCAGAAUCCAAAGGUCUCGCUCCUGGUGUCCGCUACUUCUCACUCUUCGCCAUGAGUGCGGGUACCUUCUUGCAAAUGGCGAUGACGAUGUCAUGGAUGACGAACAACCUGCGCGGUAGAGCGAGUGUGGCCGUUGGUACUGCUAUGAUUCUAGGAUUGGGUAACUGUGCCAACUUUGUGGCAAGCAAUGUCUUCAUCAAGGGCGAGGCGCCGUUCUACCCUACUGGGUUCCGAACAGGGCUCGGGAUUACCGUAGCAGGUGCAGCUUUUUGUGUGAUGCACGUGGCAUUGCUCUGGUGGCACAAUCAGAAGUUGAGUAGGAAGCGAGCAGAGGUUGGAGGUGAAGACGAUCAGCGCGAAUACCGAUAUCAAUACUAG